AUGUCAAUCAAAGACGAUGUCGAUUUCUCUAAAUUAGUUAUAUACGGUUACUUAAUAAAUCACCAGGACCCUAGAAUAUUGAAAUACUACGCGCAAAUACGUAGGCGUAGCGAUGGUCUCCCAUACCCAGCUUGGCUCGCCAUGGGAAACGCGGCGGCUUCAGAAUCUCCGGAGUCCGUAGUGGAACCCCCACAAACUCAACAUGAGGGCCUGGGUCAGUUGUACGGCCUGCCGGUCCCACUGGCCUUACAGAAGAAGAAGAAAUGCUUGCUGCUCAAGAUUAUAUACGUCACAUUAUGUGUCAUAAACAUCCUUCUCUCGAUAGCGGUGAUCGCUGUAACAGUCAGUACAGCCAUCACUAUGAGGAUCUUCGCCGUGGACCAGUCCGGGAGGCUGGUAGCCAUGAUACUGUUGAGUGUUCUAGCAGCAGUCACUCUCUCAAUAACCAUUUACGCUAUGGUGGGAAUCUUGAGGAAUCACAUACGAAAAUUACACGUGGCCUCCGUAGUUCUAGUGAUCCUCGCUGUAAUACAAGCCCUGAUCAUAGCUGUGGCUGUGAGAAUUACCACGAGAGAUGAAUUAAACUUGAGCAUAUCACUAUCGGAGUCAUUUAAAUUGGCGCUAGCUGACAACCCGCGACAUGUGCGACUGUGGUCGAUAAUGCAGAAUGAUCUCCAAUGCUGUGCAGUAUACGGUCCCCAGGAUUAUCGCAACCCCAGCCUCCCUCCUUAUUUCUCCCCCGACGUUCCAAUCUCAUGCUGUCCAAGCUAUAUGGCGGACCGGUCCGAGCUGGUCCAAGAGAGGGAAAGACAAGCUUGUAAAGCUAAAAGGCUAUACAAUGAAUACGGCUGUAGAAAUCCCGUAAUAGAAAUGUACACGCAAUGCUCGAAAACAGUAGUCGCUGUCACUUCAUUCCACAUCGGACUAAUUAUUAUAAUAGCAAUACUCGGCUGUAUAGUUACGAAGAGGUUGAAAAAGAAAUGUAAUACAGGUAUGGUUUUGGAAGCUGCGCCGCCACAGGCAGCGGAAUCGAGACAAGCUGUGAAACCGAAAACUAGCGCUAAAGUUUAA